AUGCAACGAGACACCCGGCGGGGCCGUGACCAGUGGAGAGGUUGCUAUUCUUUUCGUGACAUUGUCUGUGACGACGUUUCCGUCUCGGCUUCUGCGACGUGCGCUGGCUCAGGCGUAGCUACAGGCGCUGGAACAAGUUCAAGCUCAGGUACCGCUUCGUAUCCCGUCAAGAGGCACGGUGGUCUCAAGAUGGGUCAUACCUAUUAUUACUACUAUGAGCUAGAUGGCUCCGUCGAGACACACGACCCAGCCUUGCCUUCAACCACGGCCUGUCCAUAUCUUCCAGGCCAGACAGUCAAUACUUUAAUCGUUCCUGUCGAGCAGGCUCUCAGACAGCGAAGCGCUUCACUUACAUCCAUACAUACUGCCGAUCUAAAAACCAUGAACCCCGAAUCCAAAUACAACACACCUCGACCUGCACCCUCAGUACCAGCCAACCACAUGCCUUAUCGGGUUGGCUCAUCUCCCUCACUUCAUCACAAGUCUUCUUCUAGGUCAUUAUCACCAGCCCCGGCGGCAUGGAAGCGCUUGUUCGGUCGCAAGACCAAUUCAGAGGGGGAGCGUGGCCGAUCUCCAGUUACCAAUGACACACCCGAGGAUACGGAGUACCGUUGCACAACACCAUCAGAGGGCACCCGCACAAGAGAUAUCUCACCCGAGUCUCUUCGGCGCUUCCUGUCCGAUGACAGCCCUCGUCCCGGAUCCAGCCUUAGCGAGAGGCCAUCAAUCAUGAUUCCCGAUGAUAUCGUGGAGGAUAAUGAAAACGAUGAUGAUGACAACUUCGCUUCUUCGGCGGUCUCUGAUGGCCAGCCCUAUGUUACUCAUCUCUCGCCGCCCCCGUUCAAACGAUCUCUUUCCUCUGAAUCUGUCAGGACCGACAUGCUUCAAUCGAGCUCGCGUCGCCCAAUGUCUGCCAAGUCGUCCAAGCAGAGUUUCUUAGAGACCACCAGCGUGCCUGCAUCAGCAGUGAUACCUUCUCGCCCCAGGCUGGAGUCACUCCGACCACGAAUCAACCCUGCGACGAGCUUCUUCCUAUCGCCGGCCACUCCCAACUUUCCCGAGGAUGACGGAAUCAACUUCUUUGACCUUACUGAUGACGAGGACGAUGUUGUAUCAAACAAUAAUAGUGAGAUUCUUUCAUUUCAGCCAGCACCGGGCAUGCUUUCCACCACCGACUCUUUCGAGUGCUACAGCCUCCCAGAGUCGCAAGGGCAUGGGUCCAAGAUCAUCGAGUCUCAAUCACCUUACCCGAAGAUGAAUUCUCCUACUCUACUCCCCCGAGAUGAUUCGGGCUUUGCUGUCAGCGGGAGCAACUUCCUUGGUGCUCCCAUUGAUACAGGACUGGAUGAUUUUGCGGCCGAGUUGGGAUGGAUGGCCGAUAUCAUUGGGUCAAAGAUCAACUAG